AUGGAGACAUUGCGAGUAACAUGUGUUUUGUCAAGAAAUUUGCGAAAAAGUAUUUUCUGCGAGAGACAGUUGUUGAACCAUCGACUAUUGACGAUAAAUGUUUUUGCUGCAAGGAACCAAAGUACUCAACAAACCGAUGUUAAGGUGUAUCAUGGACCAUUGGCACAGCAGAUUCGAGGAGUGAAGUUAUUUUCAUUGGUUACUAGUGCAGGCGGUCUGGUUGCUCAGCCGUACCUUAUUCAACAUGCAACAACUUUCGGAAAUUUACCGCUGUCCAUUGCAAUGCUCGGGUUUAUAGGAUGUUUCACAUACGUAACGCCGUUCUUAUUGCAUUGGAUAACAAAAAAGUAUGUGACGGAGAUUAGAUACACGCCAGAUAGGGAAGUUUACACUGCUGUAGUGUACAACUUUUUUCUGAAGGAGAAAAAGAUAAUAUUUCGCCCAGAGGAUGUCGAAGUACCAGAAGUUCCUGGCAUGUUCUCUUCCUUCCACGUCAGAGGUAUUCCUUUAUUUGUUGAUCCUAGGAUGUUUGAAGACAAAUCGCAUUAUGCUCGUAUAAUGGGAUAUGACAAACCUCUAGACUUGAAGCUUGGAGACCUGGAAAAUGAUAAGAAAACGUGAUAAGUUCACACCAGUGUGUAUUGAGAAUAAACUGAAAUAAAUUGAGUGACU